UUUAUUCUAUAAAAAAUAACAGGAUGCUAUCAAGAAAUAUUUCGACAUUGAUCAGUAAACAAACCGAUGGAAACCCAAGUUGAAGUUUCUGAUGGAAGACCUUGACAAAACCAAGAGUUUGUUAGAUCAACUGAAUGUCGGCAUUAUCACGUACUUAGGGAAGAAAAAUGGUGUGUGUAAAGUGGACCUAGACCAACGAACUCCGGCUGAUAGACAUGCUGUCCUUAUGUGGGAACAGAGGAACACAUGUUUCCUACCAGAAGAUUUAAAGAAUUUUUACCUGACGACUGAUGGGUACAAGUUGACAUGGUGUGUGAAAAUGGACAACGGCCCAAUUCCUCUGGGUAAACUCCACAUCAACAAACUAAGUCAGCUGACCCGCAUCGGUGGAAGCAUUGCCCCUAGUCAUGUAAACCCGACCCUGGCCGACCUUGAUGGAGACUCAGACACCGAGGACCCAGUGUCAGGGCAGGAGAAGCCGACCUUUGACAACAGGUGUAAGGUGUUUGAGUUAGAUCCGUGUGACGGGUACGGGCGAGUGUGCCUCGUGUAUAAAGAAAGCAGGACAGGAAUGUCCUAUUUUGAUGCCAAUGAAAUAUUUGAUGGCAAAUACACAUCUGAACUUGUACGAUUUGGAGGAAAUGAGCCUCGAGUUGAGAUCUGGUUCCUGGACCGGGCGUUACGAUGGCACUUCCUGUCCGACUCUUUCGUCGCAUACUACAGACUGCUGCUGAUGCACAUGGGGCUUCCCCAGUGGCAGUAUGCCCUCACAGACAUUGGGCUCAGUCAGCAGGCACAGCAAUGGUUCAACAUGUAUGCCCCCACACGGCUAGAACUGGACCGGGAGUCGAUGUGUGACCCCCACACAUUGCCCUCCAUCCCAAAGUCCGGGAGUGUCCUUGACAUUGGCAAGGUCUUCAAGGGGAAGACAGACAAAAAAAAGCCAGCUUCCUCGUCUCAGCCUAAUGCAGCCAAUGCCAAGAAAAAAACUGUCAUCACAUCAGCAAAGUCUCAACAAGUGUCAGGUCUGAGGACAUCAGCAUCAACAUCCCAACUCCCCAACAAAAUCACCAAGUGAAUGCUUGUACCAUUAUACAUGUAUUUAUUAACUGUGUAUAUAGUGUCAGUCAUAAAAACUUCAAGCUACAUUAUAAAAAUAUACAUGUAUACAUGUGUGUAGCUAGUUAUAGACUUUAUGACAUUCUUGUAAUUAUUUGUAAAUUGGGGAGGGGGUAAUUAUUGUCAUAUUUAUUAAAAUGUAUAAGAAGAA